AUGAAAGAACAAGCGGAAGCGAGGGCAGGAAUACAACCGUUAGACUCACUUAAGAAGGUCGUUGGGAUGGGCUUUGAGCCGAGGACCCCAAGGUUUGUCCGAGCUUUAAACGUUGUUUACAGAGUGAGCCAAGAAGCAAUAGAAGAGAAAAUCAAUGUCUUAGGCUUUGAUGUGGAACAUGUAUGGGCACUGUUCAAGAAGUGGCCAAACUUUCUGACACACUCAGAGCAAAAUAUAUGGAACUCCAUGGAAACAUUUAUAGGCCUAGGAUUCAGCAGAGAUGAGUUUGAGAGUAUGCUCAAGCGCUUUCCUCAGUGGAUUGGAUUGUCCGGAGAGAGGGUGAAGAAGAAGACUGAGUUUUUGGUGAAGAAGAUGGAUUGGCCACUAAAGGCCCUGGUAUUUGGAUUGAGCAUGGAGAAGAGGAUUGUACUAAGGUGUUACGUAAUGAAAGCUCUCUUGUCUAAAAGAUUGGUCGGAAGUAAAUUCACUCCAAUGCCAUCGGUCUUUGCGAUUACCGAUGAAGCUUUCUUAUACAAGUAUGUGAUGGCUAUCAUCACUAGAAUUUGUCGAUGA